GGCUGCAGGCGUUAGGUGUCUCUCCGGACGAAGGUGGCAGAGUCAUGAAACCUGUGUGGUUUUGCUUUCCAGUUAAAGGAUGAAAGGUAGUAAGGAGCCGUUCUUUGUGAAGUUCAUAAAGUCUUCUGGAAACUCGGAGUUUUUUUUUAAAGCUCUUGAGUCCAUAAAAGAAUUUCAGUCAGAAGAACAUCUGCAGAUCCUUGAAGAAGAAGCAGCGCUCAGUAUAAACGAAAAUGAUAAGUCCCUUUACAUUUGCGAUCCUUUUAGAGGCGUUGUUUUCAGUCAUCUCAAAAAGCUCGGUUGUAGAAUUGUUGGACCACAGGCAGUCCUAUAUUGUAUGCAGUCCCAGCGAUGCGUCCCAAGAGCUGAAUAUCCUGUGUAUAACAUGACCAUGGCCGAUGUAACAGUAUCCUGUACCAGCCUUGAAAAAGAUGUUAGGGAAGAAGUUCAUAAAUAUGUGCAGAUGAUGGGUGGACGUGUGUACAGAGACCUCAAUGUGUCAGUAACUCACCUUAUAGCUGGAGAAGUUGGUAGUAAGAAAUACUUAGUAGCUGCUUCUCUAAAAAAACCUAUUUUGCUGCCUUCUUGGAUUAAGACACUGUGGGAUAAGUCUCAACAAAGCAUAAUUAGAUAUACUGAUAUUAACAUGGAAGACUACGCCUGUCCUGUGUUCCUUGGCUGUACAAUUUGCGUAACUGGCUUAAGUAGUUCAGACAGGAAGGAAGUCCAGCGCCUCACCGCUGAACAUGGUGGGCAGUAUACAGGGCAGCUCAAGAUGAAUGAAUGUACUCACCUCAUAGUUCAAGAACCAAAAGGUCAGAAAUACGAAUGUGCCAAAAAAUGGAACGUGCAUUGUGUGUCUGUGCAGUGGUUUUCUGACAGUAUUGAGAAAGGCUUCUGUCAGGAUGAGACAAUAUAUAAAAUAGAGGCUGGAUCAAAACUAAGUAGUACACCCAGUACAUCAACACCUACAAGUCACGCCAGCAAGCCCGAUAAUCAUACUCUUUCGGACGUCAGCCACAUUUCCAAUAUCAAUUUGAGUGGUGUUAAUGAAACUGCAUGUAGUUCUGCUAUGAGCAGCAGGCUGGAUCCUUCUUCCGAUGAGCUGGAAAGCUUGGAUAUAAGUUCUUUUCAAGCCCCUGAAGAUUUACUAGAUGGGUGUCGAAUCUAUCUGUGUGGCUUUGGUGGCAGGAAGUUAGAUAAGAUGAGAAGACUUAUUAACUGUGGUGGUGGUUUUCGAUUUAAUCAGCUUAAUGAAGAUGUCACCCAUGUCAUUUUAGGGGAACAUAAGGAUGAGCUGAAACGCUUCUUGGACAAGACAACUCACAGGCCUCAUGUAGUGACAGCAAAAUGGUUACUGGAGUCAUUCAGUAAAGGCUUUCUACUUCCAGUGGAGCAAUAUAUUCCUCUAAACUACCAGAUGAUAGAAAAUCCAAUUUUAGAGCAACCUGGAAUAAAAUCAAUUCUUCCCAAAAAUAACAGUCUCUCGAAGAAAGAAGCUGUGAACGUUGUAAAACACCAGAAAGCUGAUGAAGAUGACUUCCUCUCUCAAUAUGUAAAUAAUGAUUCUACGUUAGUUGAAGGUGAAAAACUAACAUCUAGUAACUUCAAAGAUGUUACUCGCUUGUCUAUUCAAGAAGAGAAUCAAUCUUCUGUGUAUAAUGGUUCCUUGGGAGAGGCUUCUGCAGCGGUUGAAGGACACUUAUUUGUCAGAAAGAGAUUUCUUCUUUUGGGUUUUGGUGAAGAGGAGGAGUCCUGCAUUGCAGAUCUUAUAAAGGAGAAUGCUGGGAAAAUUGUGUCGCCGCAAAGCAGAACCAUUGCAGACUAUGCUGUGGUACCCUUGUUGGGGUGCGCUGUGAAGCCAACUGUUGGAGAGGUUGUUACUAAUACAUGGCUGAUAACAUGUGUGGAACAGCAGCUCCUUUUAGAUCCCCAGUCCAGUCCACUGUUCACACCAGUCCCAGUAAUGGAAGGAGUCACUCCCCUGGAAGAUUGUGUUCUUUCAUUUAGCCAGUUCACUGGUGCAGAGAGAGACUCCCUGGUGUAUUUGGCAGGAUUGCUAGGAGCAAGAGUACAAGAAUUUUUUGUGCGAAGAGCCAAUGCAAAAAAGGGAAUGUUUGCUAGUACUCAUCUGGUGGUGAAAGAGCCGGAUGGGUCCAAGUAUGAAGCUGCAAAGAAGUGGAAUUUGCCUGCAGUCACUGUAGCUUGGCUUUUGCAGUCUGCAAGGACAGGAAAGAGGGCAGAUGAAAGCAAGUUUUUAGUCGAAAACACAGAUGCUGAAGAUAAGGAGAGCUUUGUUACUCGGCCUAGCAAGACACUUGCAACUGUUCCAUCUCCAGAUUCUCCAGAACAACCUACCUAUCUCCUUGAAGCUGGAAAAAAACCAGCUGUGACCCCUCUUGAUAUCAACAGGUUCCAGAGUAAAGCUUUCCAAACUGUAAUCUCUCAUCAUAUUGGGAAGAAGACAACCCCUUUUGCAGAAGGGGUACUGCCACAGAAAGAACCAUCUUUACACCUUGAUACACCAUCCAAAUUUCUUUCCAAAGACAAGUUAUUCAAGCCUUCUUUUGAUGUAAAGGAUGCUCUGGCAGCUUUGGAAACUCCGGGAGGUCUCUGUCAAAAAUCCAGGAAGUUGAGUACACCUCUCUCUGAAGUCAUUGGCAGAAACUUGAAAUUGGCACUAGCAAACAGCACACGGCAUACAGUAGCUCUUACUACCAGUCCUCGGUUGAAGGCUGCACAACCAGAAGUGGAAGAAGAUUCCAAGCCUUUGGCUGAUGUUGUUAUAUGUGUUAGUAAAAAACUUAGCAAGAAGCAAAGUGAACUGAAUGCGGUAGCAGCUUCUCUUGGGGCAGACUACAGAUGGUGCUUUGAUGAAACAGUGACGCACUUCAUCUACAAGGGAGGACAAAACGACAACAACAAGGAGUACAGAUCUGUUAAGGAAAGGGGUAUACACAUUGUUUCAGAACACUGGCUUUUAGAGAGUGCCCAAGAAUAUAAACGGCUUCCCGAAUCUCUCUUUCCUCACACUUACAAUCCCAAAAUGAGCCUGGACAUCAGUGCAGUGCACGAUGCCAGAUUCUCUUCCUCUAGUAUACUUCCAUCAAGUGGAAAACCAGCCAAGGAAAAUGAGAUUAUUCCAGUGGGUGAAGAUGACGCUGAAGAUGAUGCAACUACUGACCAAAUAAAGGAAACGGUCCCUACGGAGGGAGAACAAGUUGUAGCAAGUGAAGCCAAAGGAGUGUUAACUCAAACCCUAGAAAUGAGAGAGAAUUUCCAAAGGCAGCUGCAGGAGAUCAUGUCUGCCACAUCAAUAGUGAAACCACAAGGACAAAGAGGAUCCCUCUCAAGGAACAGUUUUGAUGGUUUUCCAACCACCCCUGAUGGCACGAGAUCUGUGCGAAAUGGCCGCAGUAGGGUCUUGGAAGCUCUAAGGCAGUCCCGGCAAGCACUUACCGACAUAAACACAGAGCCAUCACAGAGUGAGCAGAUCAUCUGGGACGAUCCUACUGCAAGGGAGGAGAGAGCAAGACUUGUCAGCAACUUUCAGUGGCCUAAUAGUCCUUCCCAGUACACUGAGCAAGUUCAGAAUAACGCCAAUAAGAACGUGGAUGAGUCUGCCUUCAAAGGCUCCUUAGCUGAUGCCGAGAUUGCUGGUAUAGAGGUUCCUGAGGCUGGGGAUGGAGAUUUGAUUGAAGGUCUAAAGAAUCCUGUAUGUAGAGAUCUUGAAACACCCAUUAAAGAAGAUAACUUUAUUCCCACUCCACAGGCCCCCAGCAUUGCUUUCCCACUGGCUAACCCUCCUGUGGCACCACAACCCAAAGAGAAGACUAUUACAGAAGAUGAAAAGGCUGAUGAAGAACCAGAAAAACAGCGUAAAUUUCAGCUGUCUUCUCUUAAUCCUCAAGAACGAUUUGAUUACUGCCAUCUGAUUGAGGAAUUAGGUGGAAUAGUGCUUGAGAAACAGUGCUUUGAUCCAAGUUGUACACACAUUGUUGUGGGACAUCCUCUACGAAAUGAAAAAUUCUUGGCCUCGAUGGCAGCUGGGAAGUGGGUACUUCAUCGUUCCUACCUGGAGGCAUGUAGAAGAGCUGGCUGCUUUGUUCAGGAAGAAGAUUAUGAGUGGGGAAGUAAUUCCAUACUUAAUGUUUUGUCUGGAAUCAAUGUAAACCAGAAGAAACUAGCACUCGCAGCCAUGAGAUGGAGGAAGAAAAUUCAUAAAGGGAGGCAAGAAACUGGUAUUGUUGAGGGGGCCUUCAGUGGCUGGAAAGUGAUCCUAAAUGUUGAUCAAACCAAGGAAGCAGGAUUCAGGCGCCUUCUUCAGUCAGGAGGAGCAAAAGUGUUUUCUGGUCAUUCUGUGUCUCUCUUUAAAGAAGCUACUCAUCUCUUUGCUGACUUCAGUAAGCUGAAACCAGAUGACACCAGGGUUAACGUAGCAGAGGCAGCAGCCCAAGGAGUGAACUGCUUGAAACCAGAGUACAUCGCUGACUACCUCAUCCAGGAGCCACCACCUCCAAUGGAGUCUUACUGCUUGCCAGAAGCUGAGUCCUGCCUUCAGAAUAACAAAGAACUUGGAACUGGAUUAUCCCAGAAAAGAAAAGCAGUGGGAGAAAUGAGCAGAGUCAAACGAUCCAGAAUACACUGAGAAAAUUCCCUGUUUUUAGUUAGUACAUUUUUUAUUCAUAUUUAUAUUUUUUCAUUCUCACGACAUGAAUUAAAAGCUUUGAAUUUCAUUUUUAAUUUGUUUUGAGAUUAAAAUAAGUUUCCCGUAAUACUAAUAGGAAAGGUUGGUUAUUGGUAGUAUCUAAAAACUUGGCAAGCACUCAUCCAAAAAAAAAAAACUUUGUCUCAACAGUGUUAUGAUCACUGUCACGUUACUGACUUGUUUAGGGCCGCCAUCCUAUAACAGUUAAGAAACGUGAGAUGCUUAACACAUCUUCCAGCUGUGUGUUGCAGGGAAUAUCUGAUCAGGUAGUAAAAAUACUUUUGCAUUUGCAACAGAAUAACAGACAGAUUUUACAUGAAUUUUUCUUCUUUUGGUAUUUAAUUUUGGGAAACAGGGAAAAAGACAACAACAGUAACUGGCUUAUAAAUUUUGGUACAAAUAAUGGGUGUACAUAGUGACUGUAAUAAAUUAUUUCUAUAAAAUGCUCUGCUUGAGGUUCUGCCUUUGAAUGGUAAUGAAUCUGAUCAGCAACCAUAGAACCAACUCCAUUUUACAAAGAGGAGACUACUUCAGAGAUGAAGUAUGUCUGACCAUGCUUCCUGGUGGAUUGAGUCUGCAACAGAAAACAGAGGCACAACAAUGAUGUUAGUCUUCAACACGUGGAACUGCUCCUUGCUAGGCUACCACAGUACUUGACAAAUUAUUUAAUCUUUAGUAACUGUGGGAUGUGGGUCUCUGUUCACUGAGAAAUUUCUGUAUGUAUGUCAGUUAUACCAUGCUAGCCUGGGUGAAAGUGCAUAUCUGUGUGCUUAUUAAAGCAGAAGUGCUGUCUUCUCUAACAGCCUGUGUUUAAGCAGCUGUAAUGGCUGCAGCCUGUUUGAACAGGGAAGAAAAAAACUGAAGUUGCAUGGGCAAGUGGAACUGUCUGGGGGACUGUAUGUAACAGUUAAAAAUCUAUUUAAUAAUUUAAACCUCUGAGAACCAAAAGUGCUUGGCAGUUGCUUGUUUUCAAGAAGUUGUGCAUAUGGGGCAGAGAGGGCAUAUUCUAUUUUUUUUCUAGCUGCUACAUAAUGUGUAUUUUAGAAAACCUUUUCAUCGCUAACAUGGUGGAAACAAGAAAGCAAGUGUCCAAGCCCUAGUGUGACCUGGAGCCCGCUCUGCUCAGAUCUUGCUCUAACCUGGGGAAGAGCUCUCCCUUUGCUAGAGGGGAAAGGGGGGGGGAGGGUGAAGGGGCAAGGAGCCUGAGGCACGUGGGCCUUUUCACAUGAAAAAGACUAGGAAUGCAGCUUGCUUUAUGUACAGGACGCUAGUUCUUGUGCAUGUGCUUCGUCCUUUAAUGCAGUGGCUAUUUUUGUGUCUAGGGUUACGAUGAGCUCUGAAAGACACUGACAAGCAGAUGACCUUGACAGGGCUGUCAGGAAGUAUAGAGAGAAGUCAAUGACUGCAGGGAAGUCGAUUCUCUUUCAAAGGCAUUGCCCCAGAAACCUGUGGUCCUGCAGCAGUUAGGCUUCAUUAGUGACAGGAGUGUCACUGUUGAAUUGUAAAGACUAGACUGUGAAGUCUUACCCUUGCUUUGCUUUUCUUGAUCUUAAAAGCAUGCUUGAUGAUAUUAGAGGUUGGCUAACAGUGAAAAAUAAUCUUGUUGCUAAUGCCUUAAAUCACAUUUUUAAUUGCCAUUAAAAUACAAAAUUAAUUUCCUAUUCUAUUUGCAGAAUGUUGCUUUACAGUUACGUUUGCUCUCUGGUUUAGGUGUAUUACCAGGUGAGCUAUAAGUAAGCAUCAAUGUGCUCUUUGUCAUCAGCAGAUGCCAUGGUAGAGGGGGUAGCGCUGCUUUUCUUGUUUUACAGAGGAGAAACCACUGACUAGGCUGAGACUGUUUAGCUAAGCUUUAGAGAAGGAGGUGUGUCAAGAGACAUGCAGCUCCUGCAGCUGUUGUGACUCGGUGACAGGACAGAAGUGGAACCACCAGUGUUUCAGCACUGGUGUAUGCAUACAUCUGUAGUCUCAAACACCCCACUGUGCGCACUGCCUCCUGCCCCAGCGGACUUCAACAGAGAAAGAGCCUGGGUCGUAAUGCAGGGGUGAGGCUGGCAUUAGGCAGAUACAGGGAAGGAAAAGAGGCCUUUGGGAGCACUCCAGCAGGGAAGCAGAGGAGGAAGAAAGCAGCUGUUACAGCCAGAGAUGUAGAGCACAAGGCCACAGCCAGCAGAUUUCACACUGUUCCUAGAACAACAUGCUUAAAGCCAGCAUGCUGCACUCAAGCACAGUAACCGUUGUAAUUGCUCAGCAUCACUGUGAGCAGAUUAGUAAACACAACAAAGCAGUGAGACAACUGUGGAGGUAUAAAUUCAUUUGCUGCUGUAAGAUAAAUUUAUUUUCUUCAGCUUUCUUCACAGGCAACAUCACAAAAGUGCUUUACAGAGUUUCAUACAGUUACUCUAACAUGGGGAGAAAGAACAACUACUGCACAUUUAGAAGUUGUCAUAUGCAGAAGCCAUGAUAGGUAAACCAGGGUAAAAAAUAUCCACUGACAAAAAAUAUAUAUAUUAAGGUUUUGAACUUAAAUUAUAAACAUAUGUAAUUAUAUAAAUAGACAGGCACCAUUAGGUUCCUGUGUAAACUGUGGGGACCACACAGGGAUUCUCAGAAAUUGAUCAUACUGUAUUUGGCUUUGCUGAAACACUUUCUGCUACACUGAAUGGGCUCCUGGCCACAUUUUCCCAGACAGACAGUAUCAGUCUCCCCUACUACUGUAGGCAGUCCAGUGGCUUUCGCAUCACUUCUUCAGGUUAACUUUGGUAGUGAGGCAUUCCAGUAUACAGUUAGAAGCAAAUUCAUUUUAUAGAGGUGUCCUCUUAUUACUCUGCUUCACCCAGUCAUCUCAUAGUCAUUAAAAAAAGGUUUCCUAUAGUCUAGGUACAUGCUGCUGUUUAAAUCAGACAUUUGUGUUUGCACUAACAGGUUCCACCUGUGAAAAGGAAUAGGGGUCUACUGCUGAACUGUGGUGUACUGAGACCACUGCUACUGCUUCCAUUUUGCAGUGUUAAGCCCAAGGUGCUCAAAGCCAGUGGGAAUGAGGCAUUUGAAUAGCUUUCGAGAAUCUAGGUUGAAAUGUAACAAACGAGUGUACUUCAAAAAAAAAA